GUUCCUUGAACUUCCUCAAAUUCUUGUCCAUAGAAUCAGGCAAGAUGGUACGCAGACUAAAAUACAUGCUGAGAGAAGUUCAGGAACAACACGUCCAGAAUAUAUCUCAGACUGGUCAAAACGUGGACCUGGGUGCAGGUGUACUCGUCCGCCAAACCAAGCUAACACGACUGGAGCAGACAUACAAAGACCAGCCGUCCAAGUUUGCGAGGUCCCUGAUGAGGGUUUUGUUCACGGACGAGGAGAUGGUGAACAAGUCCCUUUUUGGACUGCAGGCCAACAGCAACAAGGACAAGGAAGCGAAACCGGCCCUCGAUCCAGCACGUGUGAAGGCUGUGCUAGAACACACCAGCGCCACUUUCAGGUGCUCAGAGGCACCCCUGAAACGGAGCCUCAGCUCAAUGCUACAAAAGCUGAACGCAAAGCAUGCUGUAGAUAAAUAAAACUAGAUAAAUCAU